AUGCUCGAAUCGCAAAUACCCGAUUAUAAGCUAUCUGUGCGACGAGGCGACGCAUUAUCACAAGUGGCCGCCCACACCUACGAAAUGGGUCGCGAGUUUAACUACGCAGCCACCAAAAUAGACGCCAACGCCGGGAACACGACAUGCCGAAAAUUGAUUGAAGCCUGGGCCUCGGAUGAGAACUCGGUCAAUCGAUUUUUUGAUCUGGCGCUGGCGUACAGAGCCCUGCGUAAUCACCUCCAGUCUUCCGCAGUAGGUCGAUUAUUGGCCUAAAUGCCUUAUAAAUGUCGCUUGUUCUGUUGAUGUUAGUAAACGAGGCACUAAAGUAUAGCGCGUGCCCGAUCUCAUGAAAUGCUGGACGAAAUUUUGAAAUGCGUUUUUGAUUAGGAAAUAUUACGUAUGUGGGGUUGUAAGUAGCAUGCCCUUUUCACAUUGAUUUUCGAUGGUCUUAUAAGUUCAAAUAUAUUUUAUCGAAAACAUGCACAAAAAUAUGUCUCCUUUUAUAAAAUUUGGUGGAAAAUCACAUAUUCUGUGUAAUUUAUACUCAAAAAGUGUACAUUUAUGUUUUAAAAAGUUUUCAGAUUCUCGAAGAACUUUGAGCCAGAUCAGCCGUUGCAUUAGCGCUCAGCAAAUUUAGUCUACAAUGUGCUUACUUUCCACGUAAGAAAAACCACAUAUUUCUCUAUGUCCUCAAGCAGAUAGCACAUAGCGUUAAAUAAACUUUGUAGUGGAUGCGAACUGUGUUGUACAUUUCAGGAGGAGCGUUGGUAAACGGAAUUGUGCGAUGCUGUAUGUAUGUACAUCGCAUGGUCUUAAAAACUUCAUAACGACACACUUUUUAAAAACCCAACCUUGUAAAAGAAAGUAUAUUCUUGUGCAUGCUUUUAGUAAAAUAUAUUUGAAUGUAUAAGACCAUCGAAAAUCAGUGUGAAAAGUACAUGCUGCUGAAGCAGUCAUUUUUCACUGAGUGCAGCUUCUGCAGGAGGUGCGUUCGAAAUACUAUAGGAUCACGUCGCAUUCUAGUCAAUAUUGCACCCCUCCUAGGCAAUCAUUCCUAAUCGAAAACGAAUUUCAGAAUCUCGGGCACCAUUUCAUGAGAUCGUUCACGCACUUUAGAUGCUACGAAAUGUACGAAUCCACGCACAAGUCACCGUCCCUGGGUCCACCCCGCUGUGGAGCACACAGUGGACAUAGUCGUCAACAACACUCUAACCGUCGAGUCGCUGUGAAUGCUGGAAGAGCGGAGGGGGAUAGUUGGUACAGUUAAUAUCUAGUUCAUCACAAACCAGCUCAUUCGCAUAUUGUUUGAGAGUACCGCUGUGGACGUCACCGGUCUGGACGGCCCUUCAGUUCUUCACAUGAUGCGACUUAGGUCAACCCCUCACAUCACACUUUCUUUGUUCCACGGGACAGGGUAGGAUUGUGCGCGGCUUUUGUCAUUUAUAAUUCAAGCCUUGGUUACCAAAUACCUCUGAAGUUGCCACCCUUUGGGGACGGCCGUCUGUGCUCGUUGGUGCGCGUAUUCACAGCGCAGGAAUUUUGUGCGAUUUAAACGAUACUCAGCUCAGGGCAGAUUAAUGUCCCUGAUCAUCUUUUAUUUGAUCAUUCACAAGUUUUAACAUAAUACGGGUAGUUGGGCAGCUUUGGAUAAUCUGUCUUAACCAAUUGUUACAAACAUGGUUGCCUGGGUGAAAUUAAAACCCAAGACAGUAAGGACAUGGCUUGACUACAGCCAGCACUCUAACUAUCUGAGUUCCGUGAGUCUUGUUUUUUUUACUUGGAUCAUUUCAGCUAGAAAAAUUUGCCAAAGAUUUCUAUUUGGUUAGAACUUAUCGAUGAUCCGACUGAAGACGUUCAGAGAGAUCGGCCUGACCUGAGCUUCGAACUGUUCAGAUCAUUUGGAAGGCUGUCCACGACCGAGGUAACUGGCUUCCUAUCGGGUCUGAGAAUCUGGCUCAGCACCUUUUACGAAACGUGGCCCUCAUGGCACGCCUGCCAAGGGGGAUUCGAGCCGUCCUGUGAAGGUCUGGCGCAUACAGCGAAGGCCUCUCAAUAUGCAGCCCGCGUAGACGAGCUGUCUAACUUUCUCUGCCCGCGACUCUCUCUGAUAAUGGGUAAGGGUUAGAAUCCGAAACGCCAGGUCAAUAUAUUUCUUCUUCCAGUAUUCGCAUCUUCGUCUAUAGUCUAAAUUUGCUAGGCACUGCGUCCGAGACUGCCUCAAGCCCUCUUGCUCGCAAUAAGUUCUUGACAUCGAGACACAUGCGUGUGACAAUCGGAUUUUUAACAUCACGGAUGCAUGGUCAGAACGCCUGGGUGCUGAUUGGACAAAAUUCAACCGAUGACGUUUCCCACAGCCAUGUACCAAGCGGUCUCUUCUAAAGCCUACCACUUGUGGUGUCUUCUGUGCUUAGUACACGUCUCGGCUGUAUUGCAUAGGAAGCGCUGAAGGUGCAGCUUAACGAACAUGGCUUCGUUGUUGCAUAUACUGUUAGACUUCCAACUAGAGAACACGCCGAACAUCUCGAAUAAUUCUUGCUUGCAGUUGAAAAGGGCUUCUGACGAUUUUAGUGAAUCGGUCCACGAUUUAAUUAGACGUUGUUUCCAAACUUUAGUUCCGCCGGCCUGAUCUCGGAGACUUGGCGGCAGCAGUACGUCAGGAUCUAGUGUUGCAAGAGGGCACGGGUGUCCCAGCGGCAUUCACCAAGCUGGAGUAA